AUGAAAUUAGAUCGCACGACAUCUGUUUUGCAGUUAACACUGGAAGCUUUGGAACGUUUGUUGAACGUGGUCGAUGAGACAAAGCAAGCACCUUCAAUAAUUGCUUCAUUUGAAAAGAUUCGAAACGUGUUGCUGUCGCAGAAGGAUGUGCUCGAGGAGAUUUAUCGUCAGAGUAAACGUGAAGGAUACCAACGUGUUAGGAAGGUAUUUGCUUUGAGCAAGUCAUCGCCCUAUUCUAUGAAGACUUGA